UUAAAGUUUUGAGCUGUGGGUAGCAACACCUCCCAAGGUGACAGCCUUAAUUAUAACCUCAGGCUUGCUGAAGAGGCAAUUGUCCAAAUUCUGUUGGAAGCCCUCCAGUGGUGACUCAAUUCUGUCCUUUUUACUUUAAAUUGACAAUGGCUGCAUUGUCACUUAGCAUUUUUGUAUGAAAUACUUGAUACCAAAAGACAUGAUUAGGAAAUCAAACAUUGCCCACACCUUUAUACUUUACGACACAUGCAUCUCACCAGUGUGCUUAACCUGUGUGAAGCCUGCCCUCUGUAAGUUGCUUUCUCCCAGCAUUGCUGGAAAUCUUCAUAGAAGCUUCUGCCCUGGACUUCGUUCCCAUACUGUGUGGACUUGUGCCUCAUCAAAGUAUUGACCUUGCCCAAUCCAUCCCUUCUGCCAUGUGAGGAUCCAGCAACAAGAUGCACCUUGGAAGCAGGAGCCAAGCAACCAGAUAUGGAGCCCCACAGAGCCCUGACCUGGAGAAGUAGGUCCUCCUCUUUGUAAACAGCCAAGGCUCAUGUACAGUGCUGCACCCACAGUGCACCAGACCAAGACCGGUGGGUUAUCCACCCUCCUGAGUGCUUGGGACAGCUGUGGGUCCUAUGCUUCUUUCCAUGAGGGCUAUUGCUGUCACAGAUGCUGCUGACUGAGAGUCGUGCCCUCCUCCUAGAAAGGGGAGUGUUUCUCACCCAGCUGGCCCUUUCCUCCUCCCCUCCUCUUUGGACCCUCUGGGACUCAUGCUGCUGGUGCAGUGGUGUCUGUGAUCCUGCAGCCCCUCCCAGAAUGUUCUGGAAAUGCUGACAUGUGGAUCUGGGAAACCCAAUGCCCCUGGCUGCUGCCCCUGGCUCUAAAAUGAGGCCACAGCCUCCUCUCAGCAGGAAGAUAGGUGUGUCAGGCAUCCGAAGAGUCUGUUCUCCAAAGGGGAGUUCCCUAGAGAAGCCCAGCCAGCAUAAAGAAACACUUACUGAGAUGCAGAUGUGUUCUUGUCAGCCAUUUAUAAAUUUCCGUCAUAUGUAACACGCCAUAGUAUCCAGGCCAGCUACUGCCUAAGAAGACUCAGGAUGCCAAGGGCAUGGAGGGGACAGAGUGUGUUACAGAGGUCCAUUUUCUUCUGGAGCCCACCACAGUUAGACCCACCAUCCUCCCAUACAGGGAGUGAAGCAAGGUCAGAUUGGGAUUUUCCCCCCAACAGGGAUACCCAAUGGAAUGGCUGUGCCCUGUCCUCAAUAUGGACCCCGCUCUGAGUCCUGGCAGUGGGCUGUCCCGAGCAGGGACUUUCACCAGAGUCCCUGCUGCAUACAGAGGACUCACCUCAGUCAGGAGGAGAUUGGAGGUUGGCAGGCCAGGGUCCCAAAGGGUCUGCUUUGCCUGGACCUUCACGCGCCCCUGGUAAGGACAUGUGUAUCCUGUACGUCUUCAGGAUGGAAUCUGGAAUGGGCCUAUAGCAUCUGCGACUCUUGUUGGGGACCCUGAACAGCAUGGCCUGCUUCUGCCAUUGACCCCACCCAGCUCCACUUUGCUUCUCAGAUUGGGGUCACCUCUAGGACUGACAUACCCCUUGUUCUCUAAAGGAAAACUGUCAGAAGGUCCUUUUCUAGGGCUGGAAGAUGUGGCUCAAGUGGUAGAGCACCUGCCUAGGAAGCAUGAGGCUCCAGGUUCAAACCCCAGUACUGACAAAAAAGGGGGGUGGGCUUUCUUGUGGGGAGCUGGGGUCUCUUCCUGUGUGAAGGAUUUCACCCAACCAUUGGACCCGAGGUGCGUGGCCAGCUUCUCACUUGGGAAGGUCUUCUGUCCCCUGGGUGAUGCAGAGCUGCGCAUGUAGCCACACCAGGAAUGUUUUGUGUGGACUGAAGUGUACCCGCCUGUGUUUUUCUUAGAAAUAAGGUGCUACAUGGCCACAGAGGCCAAGGUCCAGAAUUUGGAUGUUAUUCAUCCACAUGGAUCCCAGAGCCCUGGGGAAUCCUCCUCAAAGUCGUGGCUGCUCAGCACAGCCCUAAUUAAAAUGUUCAAGAUGGGUGGAGGCUGCAGCAAAUAAUGAGCUGGCAAAAGCCGCCCUAUUGUGGGCACAGACAAGAACCAUCCGGCCAUUGUGUGUCCAGCCUACUUGCUCCCUCCUCGCCCCAUCCCCUGUGCACACUUUGAGAGGUCCCUGAAUGCAUGGGGAUCAUGGCACAGGGGACAGAGCCAGCAGUCAAGUGGGGUCAAGGGAAGAAGCUGUCCUGGGAGAACCACAGUCCUGGCCCUCUGCCUGGGGGCAAGUUUGCCUGUUCUGGGAAGGGGACAUCUAUGGGAUGGUCCAGAGAAAUCAUGGUUUCUGUUUUAAACAGGGGACCCUGAGACAGCAAGUCACUUCUUGAUGUGAAUGCAUGACUACGUGGUGGGAUAUGACCCUUCCGCAGGAUGACUUCUCUGAGAAAUUGGACUUGUGGUGUUUGGUCCAUGUUACAUCCAGGAGACUCCCCUUAACCUUCUAAUUCGGGAGAGAUGGCUCCAUGUCUAGGAUUUGAGGCCAGAGAGACGAUAGGCCCUUCCUGUCCCCAUAAAGUUGAAAAUAGCCAUUUGUUAGAGCUGGCAGCUGCCCAGUGGCCGUAGAGAGAACCCAUCAGGGGCCACAUCUCUAGGACAGAGGAGAGGGGUCCUGCCUGGAGAACAUGCCAGCCUGCUGGCCCUGAGGUUCCCACAGGCCAUGGAGCUACAUGGUGGCUCCUGGUGGUCUCCAGCUGUGGCAGACGGCUUGAGGACUUGGCGCCAGGCCUGGUGUCCACUUCACACAAGCAGGAAGAGCCACAGUGUGCAUUGGUGAUGCCUAUAUGCGUGUUCCAGAGCCAAGAGGGCAGGUAAGGGGAAGGUGGAGCCCCCAGCACCUGGCUAGCCUCAGCUGCCCCUUCUCCCCUGGCUGCAGGACAACCAUCUGGACCCACCGUGUCCACUUCCUGGAGGAGCAGGCCCUACCUCGCUGGGCAUCCUUCACCAUCUGGAAUGCAGGCAAGCAGGGGCGCAGGUUGUACCGUAGCCUGACAGCCGCCAGCCAACACAAGGUGGUUGCCUUCUGUGAUGUGGAUGAGAACAAAAUCAGGAAGGGCUUCUACUGCUAUGAGGACACUCAGGGCCGUUUCUGGCACAGGCCACAGGGGCCCUGUCUUCAUGAGGAAUCUAAGGACUCUUAUGGCCAACCCAUCUCCCUCCAGGAAAGGCCCAAGCCACGGAUCCCCAUCUUGCACUUCCGAGCUGCCCAGCCACCCUUUGUCAUCUGUGUGAAGCUGGACCUCACAGGGGGCGAGUUUGAAGACAACCUGAGGUCACUGCACCUGCAGGAAGGCCAGGAUUUCCUUCACUUCAGCUGAGGCCAAGGCGGCCACCACAGAAGCCGCCUGCCUCUCCCCAGCAGACCGGACAGCAGAGCCUUUCCCACACGUGAACGUGGCUACACCUGGUUCAUGAAGAGCCCAGAUCACAGUCCAGGAGGGAGGCAUGUGUUGCAGCUAGAACAAAGAGUCAGAACCCCACUCACAUGCCCAGGCUCCUCCAGGGCUGAAGGCCACUGGUCACAAAGAAGUCAGAGGCCUGGUGGCUUAACCCAGGCCUAGAAAGUGACUCCUCAGAGUUGGCAGAUUGUACACCCUAGAGCCUGACUCCCCUGAGCCAAGUGGCUGAACCCCAUGGAUAUGCCCCAGCCACCCUGAGGAGCAGGCUGCUAAAUUGAGCAAAAGGUUGUCGUCAUAGUCCUGGGCUCAUAGCUCUGAUGUGGCAGCAUUGCCAACUCUCCUGCCACCAUUCCUUCAUCCAACCUCAGUGGCCCAGAGAGGACACUUGCUCUGGGACUGCUUGGCCACCCUUCCCAAGCAAUGACAUGGUGAGACCCAGGGCUGCCAUAACAGGACAGAUGAGCAGGAGGAGCUUCCCUUAAGAGGCCCAGUAUCCAUUCUGCACAGGUGUGAAAAGACACAAAAAAGGCACAGGCAGGAACAGAAGAGUCACACUGUUCAAGGGGACAUGCUGUAUUCUGCCAGUCCCUUACUCAGACCUCUGUAAAACAGCUGGGCUGCAUGCCUGGC